GAAUGCAAAACUUUCGUAGUUUUAUUUUAAACUGUUGGUAUAUCUGUUGUGUAUGGAUGAAAAGUGGUACAUAUUCAAAUCCGGUGUAUCUAAUUCUUCUAUAUUGAAUUAAAUACAAUUGUGUCUGUUUCUAAUAAAUAUCAACGUAAAAAAAAUGAGUGUAACGUCAUAUAUGCGUGCUAUGUUGACGAUUAAGCAAGAUUGCCCUUUAAAAAGAUACAUUCAUAUUAGCGGAGUACAUAAUAAAACACAGGCUGGGCGUUACAGGCCUAUACCAAAAAAACCUCAAUCAUUAACAUAUGAAAUGGCAAAUCCUCCUCAUUAUAUUGUUGCUAGAAAGUCUUGGAAUUCUUGGAAUACUUCUAAUGUAAAAGAUGGUAAUAGACCAUCAGAAUCUGCUGUGGAGGAUAUAUUUAUACGGAAUUUUAUAAAUGGAACAUGGCAUAAUUUAGUUUUAAAUGAGGUAAUUAUUAAACGACAACAUAAUGUAAUCAGAAUUGCUGUUAUUGUUAUACGAAGGAUUACAGCCAUUAAAAUGUAUUACUUAAUGGGCUAUUGUGAAGAACUAUUAAGUUAUUGGCUGCAUUGCCCAGUUAAAAUGGAAAUUGUAACCGUACAAGAAAAAGAAGACGUUGUAUACAAAGUAAUAUAA